GGGUGGCGGGGAGCUUGGACGUUCGCAGGUGCUCUCAGGGUUCCUCGGAACCUCCGGGACACAGAAGGACGCGCAGAUAUGAGUGACUCUGCGGGAGAGCUCGCUCGCCUCCGGUGCUACCGCGAGCUCCCAGUGUGGGUAGUGGAGGAUCAUCAGGAGGUUCUACCUUUUAUAUACCGGGCCAUAGGCUCAAAGCAUCUUCCUGCCAGUAAUAUAAGUUUUUUACAUUUUGACUCACAUCCAGACCUCCUUAUUCCUGUGAAUAUGCCAGCAGACACUGUGUUUGAUAAGGAAACACUCUUUGGAGAAUUAAGUAUCGAAAAUUGGAUUAUGCCUGCAGUUUAUGCCGGCCAUUUUUCUCAUGUAAUCUGGCUUCAUCCCACAUGGGCUCAGCAAAUCAGAGAAGGCAAACACCACUUUUUUGUAGGUAAAGACACUUCUACCACAACAAUCAGGGUUACAAGUACAGAUUAUUACUUCCUAAGUGAUGGUCUUUAUGUACCUGAGGACCAGCUGGAGAACCAAAAACCAUUACAAUUGGAUGUGAUUUUGGUGAAACCUUGUAAACUCUGUAGCAGUCCAGAAGAAAAUGCUGCAGUGUCUUCUGCAAAGAAGCCCAAGCUAACACUGGAAGAUGCAGGAAACACUGCCUCUGCUAACCGUAACUUGGAUUCAGAAGGACUGACAAAGGACACCAUGACACACAGAAGUGACCAAGCUUGCCAGGAGCCAUCAUGUUCAUGUUCUGAAAGUCAGCAAUGCCACACUACAGCCAGCACUAAGGAAAUUCUGGAAAUCUUGGAGAAGGGGGAUGCAUUUGUUUUAGAUAUUGACUUAGAUUUUUUUUCUGUCAAGAAUCCCUUCAAAGAAAUGUUCACUCAGGAAGAAUACAAAAUCUUACAAGAGUUGUACCAGUUUAAAAAGCCUGGUAGCAACCUAACUGAGGAAGAUUUAGUAGAUAUUGUUGAUUCUCGAAUUCAUCAAUUAGAAGAUUUAGAAGCAACUUUUGCUGAUUUGUGUGAUGGUGAUGAUGAAGAAACUGUACAGAAAUGGGCUUCAAAUCCUGGAAUGGAAUCACUAGUUCCACUUGUACAGAGUUUGAAAAAACGGAUGGAAGUGCCAGAUUAUGAAAUGGUUCAUCAAGCUGGUCUAACCUGUGACUAUUCAGAACUUCCUCACCAUAUCAGCACAGAACAAGAAAUUGAGUAUCUUAUUCAGUCUGUAUAUUAUUUACUGAAAAAUUUACCAAAACCUACCCUUGUGACAAUUGCAAGGUCAAGUCUGGAUGAUUACUGUCCUUCUGAACAAGUUGACACCAUUCAAGAAAAGAUCCUCAGUGUGCUGCGCUCCCUUUAUGGUACUCUAGACACUCACCUCGUGUAUUCAGCAGAAUAUUCUUCAUCGUGAAACAUAUAAAGCACUAGGCUCCUGUUACAUCUUGGUACAGUAACAGAGUUUUCAUUCACUUAUUUGUAAAUGAGUCUUCCAGAGAACACUUCUUAUGUUAACUUUCAGAUAUUUUGACUCUUCAAAUAUCAAUUGAACAAAGACAGGUUUUUGGGUGGUUUUGUUACAUCAAGUCUGCUAAAUCCCAAUGGUUGCUUAUCUUUGUUUUCAUUAUUGUCUUUAUUUAUGAGGGUUUUUUUUUUCAUCUUUCCCCCCUAGGGCAAUUGAUCUGUAUGAGAUUCAUUCUUACAUUUAUGUAUUCAUUCAACCAACUGACAUUUAUUAAGCACUUACAUGUGCCAGACAUUAUCAAGUACUGGACAUAUGGUAAUGAACAGAGUAGACAAGACCCUGCCCCUUUGGAAGAGGUAAAUGAGAAGCAAAUUAGCAGGUUAUGAACAAUAUUAUGAAAGAAACAACAAUCACAAACAUCUUAGGCAUGCUCUGAGUAUGGAUACCCUGACUUUGUAGAAAGUAGCAUUCGCAAAAGCUAGUACCAAAAAAAAUAACCCCUGCCAGUCCAUGAAAAUGUUACAGGAAGUCUGCCUUGUUCUUGGGAUUGUGACCAGACAAAAUGCUCUCAGCAUUGUGAUUUUGAUUUUUGGGUUUUGGGUUUUUUGCAGUACUGAAGAUUAAACUCAGGGGCACUCACUAGAACCCAGAACUACAUCCUCAGCCGUUCUUAUUUUUUAUUUUGAGACAGAGUCUCACUAAGUUGCUGAGGCUGGCCUAGAACUUGCAGUCCUCUUGCCUCAGCCUCCUGGGUCACUGGGGUUACAGACAUGAAUUUCCCAGCCCAGCUUCCAUCACUUUUAAUAAAGAGGUCUGAUGCCCCAGGUGGUGGUACACACCUAUAAUCCAGUAACUUGACAGGCUAAAGCAUUAAUAUCACAAGUUCUAAGCCAACUUUGGCAACUUAGUGAGACCCCAUCUCAAAAUUUAAAAAGUAAAAAGGGCCGAAGAUAUAGUUCAGUUGUAGAGCACUCCUGGGUUCAGUCCUCAGUAUUGAGAAUGAUGGGGGCAAGGCCUGGUCAAGUGAACUUUACCAAAGAAAAAUUCACUUUUUUGUAUGUUUUUGAUUUUAGUUUUGGUUUUGCUAACCAGAAAAGUCCUUCAGGGAGUUUGUCCUUCCAAAUAGUCAUUGUGGGUACCAGUUAUCAUGACCUUUAAGUGCCAUUUUAUUGACAGUCAAGAGUUGAUAAAUAUUUGGAUAAGCCAGAUUUUUAUGUAAAAAGUAGGGAAAAAAUUAAAUCUUUAAUUCUGACUGGCCAUAAAUACCCAAGGACAUACAGUCUUCCACCAGCCUUCUCAUAAUAUAAAUGAACAAAAUGGGUUCACUCCUUGACAAGUGCAAAGCCAAUAAGCACAACCAGGAGAUGAAAGAAUCAAGAAAUGCUUGCUAUUUGCAAUAGCUAGGGAGAGCACUAGAGAUCUAUCCCAAAGUAGCGCCUGUAAGCACCAAAAGGACAGGAAGCAGACCUCCACAGAUUCAGAGAAACCUUUAUUCCUUCGCAGACUCGGGGGCCAUUUGGGUCCACUUUCCAGAUGAGAAAAUGGCUGCCAGUUACAGAGGGGAUUCUGGUUUUAUAGGGUGCAAUGAGGAUGAUGUAAACAUUGGAACCCUGCUCGUGCUGGUUUGACCACCAGGGGCUAGUUGUUCAGGUUAAAGCCAGACCCUGAGGGAUAGUAUUCAAAUCUUGCCAUUGUCUUUUCAGGACUAAUAUGACACAUUGGGAAGGCCAAGUUUUAGGGCCUGGCAUUCCGAGUCCACCCCUUUCCUUUAGGGUCCAUUGUUAUCAGGAAUGCACUGGGAGAGGUUUAAUGUUUGGCCAAUUUCCUUUCCCACUUCUGUAGUCACAUCGUCCCUCCAUUUUCUUGGGGAAUUAUCUUACAGGAAUAUUAUUUUCCAUAACCCUUCAGCGCCUCUCCUGGAAUGAAGGGGUGGCUCUGGAGUGAGGCCUGUGUGUGCUUUCUGGAGGGGCUUGUCAUCACAGGUGGAGGCAAGCGCAUUCCUGUGCAUGCAUUUGGAGGUCAGCCUCUACGCACAUCCCAUGUUUAAAAAUGAUGGAUGGGAGUGGCUCCAAGGUGGAGAAUUUAGCAUUAUCAUGACAUAAUGAGCAAGUUCCACUCUUAAGUCACCCUGAAUAAUAACUGGGUGAUUUGGGCUAGUUUAAAGUGGUUUCUUGCCUCUUUUUCUGGGAAGAUUUAUCUGAAACAAUAACAACAACAGAAACCCAGCUUGAAGGGAUGUGUCUCACCCCCUCCCAGUACAAACCAGGUGUUUACCCCUAUGAGUUCCUGCCUAGCAACUAAAAAUAAGUAAGAUAACCCUUCCAGAGACACUCUUAAUCAUGGAAAUUCUUAUUUUCCCAAUUUGCCAGAGCAUUCUGCUCUUCAAUAUGCCUUUUAUUCAGUAAUCAUUUUAACUAGCUGUUUAAUUUCUCUUCCUUUAAAGGGUAAGAUGACAUGUAAAGACAAAAGAAAACAGCACUCAUCCACAACUGUAGAGUUGCGUGUAACUAAAUCAUAGUGUUACCUAAUAUGGGGGCUAAUACUCAAGGACACAUUACCAUUGUCACUCAGUAGAUGGCACCAGACCCCAUUUUUCCACUGAUUCUCAUUUCCAGUGAAUUUUUCUUACCACUAAGUUGAUUUCCAAAGUCUGGUGGUUUGAAUGCUUGUGUUGACUUUACUUAUUAGCUUUCCAUUUUGAUAAAACAUACCCCAAAAAGGUUUAUGUUCUUGUAAAAUCAGAAUUGCAAAAUUGUACUCUUUAUUUAUUUUUAAAUUAUAGGCAUAACGUUUAUGAGUAAAUUAUUUUGUGUAUUUAAAGAAAUUAAAAGUUGUGUUUUGAAGUUUUAAAGAUUUGCUUUGGGGGGAGUUUUUUUUGUUUUUUUGUUUUUUGUUUUUUCAGUGCUAGGGAUUGAACCCAUGGCCUCACAUGGUGAGCAAACACUCUGCCACUCAGCUGCAUCCCCAGUGUUGAUAUCAUUGAUCAACAAUGUUAAUAUCAUUGAUCUUAUAAGUCUUUGUUUUAGUCUUUUAUUACAAUUCCCAUGAACUUGAGUGUGAUUCAUCAUUGUUUUAAUUCAGGAUGAAUAAAAGCAUCAAAUUCUGUUACAGGAACACUCAGAUUGUUUAAUUCUCUUGUUCUGUGAUUGUAUCUUGAAGAAUAAAAUUCA